UAAUAAAUUAAGAACGAAAGUAAGAUGGCUGUUCCUUCGUGGAUUGCCAAUAUUUCAAGAAUUUCAAACACUCUCUUUUGCUUUUGCGUAUUUUUUCAAGUACCAUGCCUGCUUGCAGGACGAUACAGUUAUGAACUGCCAGAAUAUGUUGUUAAAGUUGAUUCGAAGCAGCUUAAAAUGCCGAAGGCCGCUAUGGAUGUAGCCGUUGACCAUCUUGUGAAGCAGUUUUAUGAAACUGAUAUAUUUACGAAGUCGUCGCAAAACAUUUCAACAUGCAGAAAAGAAUUGAUUAAUGUAACUAAGAAUAACGAUAACCUUUUUUUGUAUGUUGAUGCUAUUGGUAAAGUACCAGCUGGUAUAUCUCGAGGGGAUUUCGCCUGGUUGGGUUCAUUUGACUCAUGCCUGGAGAUAACUAAUGCUCAUUACUGCCUGACCACUUUUAAUGUCGAAAUUUCAAAUUUCACCAGAAAGCCUUUGCCAUUAAGAAUAGGCUUUUGUCUACCAUCUGCAUGUGGAAAGGUUGAUCUUAAAGAAGUCUUUGGUACUAUAUCGAUAUCAAACCAAUUUGUAAAUAUUACAUACGGAGGUUGCUCCUGUCCAAAGAAGCCUGACUAUACAUCUGAUGUUGUUAUCACAUUAGUCUUGUGUGGUUUUCUUCUGAUGCUUUGUGCUCUGGGGACACUUAUGGAUGUUUGUGGCAGGCCUGGUGUAUCUCUUGUCUCACAGACAGUUUCUAAUAAAUAUGUGGAUGAGGUUUCAUCUUCAGUACAAAAUGAAGAAGUUCUUCACAAUGAAAGAGCAUUUCAUGAAGAUGGAUAUAAUCAACACAAUAAAAAUCAUAUAAGAACACCUCUUGUUUCAGAGUCAGUGAAAAGUAAUUACUUACGUCCAAAACGGCCAUCAGGUGGCUUGAUUGAAUUUCUGCGUUGUUUUUCACUCACAAGGAACACCAACCAAAUCCUCGACACAAAAGUGACGUCAAAGGCGAUCACGUGCUUAAGUGGGAUACGCGUCAUUAGCAUGUUUUGGGUGAUCUUGGGACACGCGUUUCUUUUUACAAUUUCAAGCACCCUCGUUGCCAAUCCACUUGACAUGGAAGAUGCUAUCAGUAGACUGUCAAUGAUGGCCGUGACAAAUGCCUAUUAUUCCGUCGAUACGUUCUUCUUCUUGAGUGGCUUGCUCCUUGCCUACGUAUGCUUUCAAAAAAUGGAGAAGAAUGACGGCAAAUAUAAUUGGUUGCUUUUUUAUGUCCACCGUUACGUAAGACUUACACCAUCAUUGAUGUUUAUGAUCUUGUUCUACAUGAAACUCAUACCGUUCUUUGCUUACUCGCCAAUAUGGUCGACCACUGAAGAUAAGUAUUGUUCUCGAUAUUGGUGGACUAAUCUUCUCUACAUAAAUAAUUUUUACCCGACCGACUUUUUGAAACAGUGUGCUGGAUGGUCAUGGUAUCUCGCUAACGACAUGCAGUUCUUUGUAAUUUCUCCUUUGAUACUCAUUCUAGCGUACAGAUUUUGUCGUGUUGGUCUUCUUGCUACUGCAGGCUCACUUUUGAUGGCCAGCACCAUGAUACUUGCCGUAUUGUAUGGUAAUUAUGACAUUGAUCCAACAGAGUUGUCGAAAUGGGGCAUGUCGAAUUUGUUUGGAAUUUCAGAGACGCGAAAAAAUUAUUCUAACAUGAUCUACAGCAAACCCUAUUGUCGUGUACAACCAUAUCUUAUUGGCAUUAUGUUGGGAUACUUCAUGUUCAGAAGUUAUAGUGGAACACGUAAACCUACUUGGGCAGUGGCUUUGAUUGCAUGGUUAGUAGCUUUUACUGUUGGUAUGACUUUGGUGUAUUCACCUCAUGAUAACGUCACGGACGGACGUCAAUGGACUAAGACCGAGAAAGUCCUUUAUGGAAUGUUCUCAAAAGUGGCGUGGAGCAUGGCACUAGCUUGGGUCGUCUAUGCCUGUCAUUAUGGCUAUGGAGGUAUUAUUCAACGAUUUCUUUCAGCAAGUUUCUGGGUUCCUCUAGCCCGCCUAACGUAUUGUGCUUACUUGGUCCAUCCCAUUGUCUUGACAUACAUGUUCAAUAGUUCAAAAGUUGUGCUUUUCUACAGUGUACAGACGAUCGCAUUCAACUUCGUUGCUGCUGUAACAGCGUCGUACUUAUGUGCCUAUAUUCUGGCUGUUGUGAUCGAGUUCCCUUGUCAAAAUCUGGAAAAACUCGGUGCUCGUCGUUAAAGAAGAAUCCAUGUAUAAAUAUGUGGAAAGGAAAUAAUUUAUUGAAUAAUUUACAAAAUAAUUAUUGAAUUGAAAUUAAUUUCCCAUGAAUACGACGCUCCAACAGAUGCAAUAAAAAUUCCAAGUGCCUAA